CCGCCUUUCCCCCCCAGAUGCCGCGUCACUGCUCGGCCGCCGGCUGCUGCACACGGGACACGCGCGAAACGCGCAACCGCGGCAUCUCCUUCCACAGGCUCCCCAAGAAGGACAACCCGCGGCGAGGCCUGUGGUUGCCACGGUGCUGGCUGAUGCCCCCAUAAGCAUGCCCAGGACUGGUCUGCCUCAGGCACUUGCUCGCCACUCAUUCAGGCUGUUUCGCCCACAGUGGGUAUCACAGGCUGAAGGAGGGGGCAGUCCCCACCAUAUUCGAAUCUUUCUCCAAGUCACGCCGGGCCUCCAAGACCAAGGCCCGAAGUUACUCCCUCAGCCCUCUUGACCUCAGCCGGCUCCAGCUAUGCAGGAAACGGUGCUCUGAGAGCCGGGGACCCACAGCUCCGUUUUCUCCACCCCCUCCUGUGGACGUUCCCUGCUUCCCCGUGGAAGAGGCCUCUGCUCCGGCAGCUCUGCCGGCUUCCCCCGCUGGAAGGCUGGAGCCAGGCCUCGGCAGCUCCUUCUCAGACCUCCUGGGACCCCUGGGCGCCCAGGCAGAUGAAGCUGGCUGCAGCACCCAGCCCUCCCCAGAGCGUGAGCCGGAGCGGCAGCCCUCCCCUCUGGAGCCUCGGCCUGUCUCGCCCUCGGCCUACAUGCUGCGCCUGCCACCGCCUGCAGGGGCCUACAUCCAGAGUGAACACAGCUACCAAGUGGGCAGUGCCCUACUCUGGAAGCGGCGGGCAGAGGCGGCCCUCGAUGCCCUAGACAAGGCCCAGCGCCAGCUGCAGGCCUGUAAGCGGCGGGAGCAGCGGCUACGGCUGCGACUGACCAAGCUGCAGCAAGAGCGGGCUCGGGAGAAGCGGGCCCAGGCAGACGCCCGUGAGACUCUGAAGGAGCAUGUGCAAGACUUCGCCAUGCAGCUGGGCAGCAGUGUGGCCUGAGACGGGCAGCGGGCCAACAGGCAACAUCCACCAGGGCCCUGCAUUUCCGACCAGAGGGACCUGAACUGAGCUGUGUCCCCCAGACUUGGCCAGACACCACAAUAAAGUGGCUGCUUGCGAGA